UCUGUGUCACCUGUUUGUUUCUUAAGGUUUCAUUCAUCAGAGUCCUGAUAACUACUUUGUUUUUUUUUUUUUUUUGCAAAACCCCAGAAAUGGCAAGUGUGUUUGGCUAUCAGAGCUCAGAAGUGGACUGGUGUGAGGACAACUACAAGAUGACGGAAAAAAUAGCUGAGUUUUACAACACGGUCAGCAGUGUGAGCUUUUUCAUAUUUUCUCCUCUGAUGAUGUAUCUUUUACACCCAUAUGCCCAGGAGAGGACACAGGCUGUACACCUUGUAUGGAUCUUGAUAAUGGUAGUAGGCAUCUUCUCAGCUUAUUACCACAUGACACUCAGUUAUUUGGGACAACUACUUGAUGAAAUUGCCAUCCUGUGGGUACUGGCUGUUGGCUAUGCACUUUGGUUCCCUCAAAUACACUUUCCAGCAUUCAUCAAAAGCAGGAGCCAUUUUGUCUGGUUGAUCUUCAUUGGUAGCACCUUCAGCACUCUUCUGUCAUUCGCCAAACCAGUAAUCAAUGCCUACGCACUCAACAGUGUGACACUGCACAUCCUCUAUGUGUUAUCACUUGAAAUUAGAAAGUGUAACAACAGAAAAAUUCACAGACUGGCUUAUGUGACAGUGAGCUGGUGGGCCGUAGCUAUUUCUUGUUGGAUUAGUGACAGACUGUUCUGUGGCUUCUGGAAGAAGAUUAAUUUCUGCUACCUACAUAGCUUCUGGCACAUCUUGAUUUCUGUUUCCGUUGCGCAUGCAACCGCACUCUUUGCCUACAUAGAUGCUCAGUAUGAAAUACCACAAUGCAAACCAGAAGUAAGAUACUGGCCCAAUAAUUCCUGGAAGUUAAGUUUACCAUAUCUAGCCAUACAAACCAGAGAAGAACCUCACAAGUUUUGCUGAUAUGGCUCCUGAAGGUCCUGAAUACACAAUGGAUUGUUUCUGUGACAUACCAAGAACUGCGUGUUUAAUUAUGACUUGCCAACCAACUUCAUUUUGUGAAAUGCAUCUAUUAUUCAAAAUAUUGUAUGUCAAAGAAAUAAGGGUAGGUUUUUAAUACUGGUUUUUGAGGUUCUGUCAUUACAGUGUUGAUGGCAGAGGGCUUUGCCUUCUUCAUAUGCAGCUUAAUGAAGCAUUUCUCAGGUUUUCACUGAAGCUGGUAAGACGUCAGCUGCUUAGGUCCGAGCAAAAUGGUAACAGACUGUCUUCAAUUGUACUGUCUACAAAGCAGAGUCAUAGCCACAUAACUGGAGCCUGAAGAAGAGAACACAGACCGUCAUACAGUAAAACAUCGAAUCUAUCUGUAUUACUAUCUUAACCUUUGGUAACUACCUCAAUUAGAAAAGUCGUCGAAUAGGUAAAGAUGUAAUCAUGAACCAGACUGGUUUCUCAGGAUUCUGUUAACAUAAAAUCAAGCUCUGUUCAUAGUAAUCAGUAAUAUGUGAAGAGUAAUGCUACACUGCUCAAGUGUGGGGCUAGAUAACCGACUUGUAGUCUGUGUGCAGACAGACUGCUCAAGUGUGGGGCUAGAUAACCGACUUGUAGUCUGUGUGCAGACAGACUGCUCAAGUGUGGGGCUAGAUAACCGACUUGUAGUCUGUGUGCAGACAGACUGCUCAAGUGUGGGGCUAGAUAACUGACUUGUAGUCUGUGUGCAGACAGACUGCUCAAGUGUGGGGCUAUAUAACCGACUUGUACUCUGUGUGCAGACAAACUGCUCAAGUGUGAGGCUAGAUAACCGACUUCUAUACUCUGUGUGCAGACAAUUGUUUUUAGUAUUUUCUGGUUAAUGCCCUGAAUCAUACAGUAUCAGAAAGGUUCUGCUGAUUUACAGGCAACAUUUGUUGUAGCCUAAAGUCCAUUUAUUGGCUAUAACACCCUGUAACACUGGAAGUCAGAUAUGGCAGUUUAUAGCAUUUUUUAUACGCUCUGAUUUGUGGUGUGUGUGUG